AUCCAAACCGCUCCAUCAUAGCGAUACGUGUGAUGUUCUGGAGAAAUGUGCUGCUUGGUGUGGGAGUCACACUCAUCCACACUCAUUGGUUCAUCCAGACCUGGGACCAUCAGACAUGUUCAGUGCUGCGACGACCUGCAGCAGCGAAUUAACGAGGAGCCUAAGACAAAUACCAGGAGGAUAAAAUGGCCUCAAGAGGUAAGAAGAGGUGACAAGAAAACCAGAGGAAGAUGAAUCAUGUUCCUGAUGCAGCUCGGAGGUGGCCAGCGGUCUGUCCGUCCAGCUGUCGGCCGCUCUCUCUUUCUGACUGUCAGCAGAGCUAAAAGCUACCGCUCUCUCUCUGUGGUCAUGUCCUGACCUCGUGAAUAUCUCUCACUUCCACUGCGACGCCUUCUCCAACCAGCUUCAUGCAGCGCGUGGCGGUCGGAUCUCUGGGCCUCGCAAAUACCUCGAGACGACAGCCGAAGAAGUUUAAAAGAAAUCCUGGUCGUGCAGUCGAGAUUUGACUUAAUAUCUGAGAUGUGUUUUACUGCCUCUGCCGGAUCGGGGGUGUGGGAGUUACACUCGGUGUGAUGCACGAGAAGCUACAGACACAGAUGCAGGUGGGAUGGAAAUCACAAGCGACGACACCGCAGAGGGCUCAGAACUGCAUCCAGUUUGGGGAGUUCUGUGGUUGAGAUGGAGCUGGAACGGAGCUGAAAACACAAAGUCCUGAUAUCUGGCAACCCGCCGCUCUCAGGUGCUGAAAACAGCGGAAGCGGAAGUGGCUGCGUCGCGUCGUCUCCUCGAAGGCUCCUGAAGAUCCACUCGGCGCGCCCGGAUCUGGUUUCUGACAUCCUGAGACAAGCCAGUGCGAUCGGGCUGAAGACAGAACAGCAGGAUGAACGCUCACUGAUCCAGCAUCUGCACUCAAGCAACUCAACAACCAGACUUUCACAGCACAUUCAGGCGUUACGUAAAGAUCGUGGUGGUUUGAUUACCCACCUCCCCCCCAGACACCAUGACGUCCUCUAUGCUUCGGCGACAGCUAAAGAACCUGGUCCAGAACUACUCUGAGGCUGAGGUCAAGGUGAGAGAGGCUACGUCUAAUGACCCAUGGGGCCCAUCCAGCUCUCAGAUGGCCGACCUCUCUGACCUGACCUACAACGUGGUGGCCUGCAACGAAAUCAUGACGAUGCUCUGGAAACGGCUGAAUGACGACAAGAACUGGAGACACAUCCACAAGUCCCUGACACUGCUGGAGUAUCUGUUAAAGACUGGUGACGAUCGUGUGCUUCUGAAAAUGAAAGACAGCAUCUACAUUGUCAAAGCCCUCACAGAAUACCGCUUUGUGGAAAAAGAUGGCAAAGAUCAGGGUGGGAACGUAAGAGAGAAGGCCAAGGUUGUCCUUGUUCUGAUGGAGGACGAUGAGAAACUAAAGGAGGAAAGAGACUUUGCCAUAAAGACCAGAGAGAAGACAUCAAAAAGUUCCGCAGCCUCGUCCUCGGAUGUCGUCAAGGAUCCUAGCUACUUGCCAUGCUAUGUCGCCGGGGCCUCAGGGCUCCCAUCAUUAGACAACAUACCCUCAGUGGCUGACUUGACUGCUUCCUUCACCGCCCGCAAAGAGGAACGGAUUCGUCAGGAAGCUGAGAAGAAAGAUACGGAGAGAAGGGCUAAGCUGAGUGAAGAUGAGCUGAAAUGGGAAGAUGCAGGCAAAGACACCAAUGUCAAAGUUGUUGCUUGGAAAGAAGAGAAGGAAGAGAAAGAGGAGGUGAAGCCACAUCCGUGGGGAGCGCCCAAAGAACCUAAAGAGGCCACAGAUCCAUGGGGCAAACCCACAACACCGGACACCACUGAAAAAGCAGCUAGCAGUGAUCCUUGGGGGGGUUCAACUGAAGCUGAUGAUGAAUUUGCAGCACCAAAAACGGAUGAGGAUCCAUUUGCUGCACCAAAAGAUGAACAAUAUCCAUUCAACGCCACAGAAGACGAGGAGGAUCAAUUUGCUGCUAAAAAAGAUAAAGCAGAUCCCUUUAGUUCGUCCAACAAAGAUCCCUUCAACGCCCCCAAAGACGAUCCCUUCAACGCACCUAAAGACGAUCCCUUCAACGCGCCUGAAGACGAUCCCUUCAACGCGCCAAAAGAGCGUUCAGAUCCCUUCAACGCCCCUAAAGACGAUCCUUUUAAUGCUUCUAAAGACGAUCCCUUCAGUGCGCCAGCAUCAACACCCCCUAAAGACGACCCUUUCACUGCUCCAACAACACCGCCUAAAGAAGAUCCUUUCUCUGCACCGCCCAAACCCGCUCAAGGUGACCCCUUUGCUGCACCAACAGCUCCGCCCAAAGAGGAUCCUUUCUCUGCACCAUCAAAGCCUCCAGAAGGUGACCCCUUCGGUACUCCAACAACAACACCAACCCGAGAGGAUUCUUUCUCUGCAUCAUCCCAACCGACUAAAGAUGAUCCCUUCACUGCACCAACAACACCCCCCAAAGAGGAUCCCUUCUCUGCACCGUCCAAACCUGCACACGAUUACGUCUUCAAUGCGCCAACAACACCCCCCAAAGAGGACCCAUUCCCAUUGCCAUCUAGUGCACCAAAGAAUGAUGCCUCAGAUCCCUUCGGUUCUCCUUCUGCAACAUCCCCCCAGGAGAGUGCAGAUGCGUGGGGAGCCCCUGCCAGCUCCCCACCUGCCACGGUGUCAGAUCCCUGGGGGACACCAUCGACUCCAAAGGAAGCAAACAGUGGAGAUCCUUGGGGAGAUGAGGCAACUGUGACCUCAGCCACUAAUAAUUCUGAUCCGUUCGGGGAUGCAUCCCAACCGGACAAUGACCCAUGGGGAGCCCCAGCUUCAGCUCCAGCCAGCACAGACGAUGCGUGGGGGUCACCUGCUCCACCCUCGGCCUCCUCACCAGCCAGUGACCCCUUCGGAGAUGGAGCAUCCAAAGCCAAUGACCCCUGGGGUAAAUCAAGCAAUGCAACUAGCAAUGCCACAGGAAAGCGAACAAUGCACAAAGAGGAGACGUACAGAAAGACUGCUCAUUUCUUGGGCUCGGCGGGGGCGUCGCUGGUUGACUUGGACGAUCUAUGUUCUUCAAACGCCACACAAUGCUCCCUCACCAACGCGCCCGCCGCCCAGACACAAGCCAUUGGCCUGUUCAAAGCCAGGGCCACGUCGUCUGGCCCUGGGCUCAGAUCAGGGGCUGUUGCAGGGGUGUCCCUUCCUGAAACGUCACCCUUACCUGGGAGUCCCUUUGGUGCCACCCUUAUGUCCUCCCACGGCGCAUCUUCUGCUAAUCCGUCCAGUGAAACCCCCCAUUUUCAGCUACCAUUCUACGCUAUGGGAGCGUCCUAUUCAGGCUUUGGUGCGCUUCAGGCAGUUUCUGGGGGACCUCACAUGAAGCACCCCUGUGGAGGAGUGGGACCCGUGCAGACUGGAUGUCCUCUGGGGAAUCCCUGGGCAGCCCCCCCUUUGUUGGCAACAGGAAUGGGUCAGUCCAGUUUCUUUGGAGGGAAUCUUCAAACUGGAGUGGGUCUUUCGGGAGGAUCCACUCCACAGGCCGCAGGUGGAGUCACGAUGCAGCCGCAGCUGCUGUCAGGCAGCGGGCUGAGUGAGACCGGGGGGAAACACAAUAAUCCAUUCCUGUUCUGACAAUGUGACAUGUGAUUGAUUUGGAAAUGUGGUAAAGCAGCACACGGUGUAGGUUCACAUGUUUCAGCCCUUUAAUCAGCAUCAUCACCAUUUCUAAGCCAUAAGAUCACAGAUUGUGUUAAUGUGUACGUUACAGUUUGUCUGUUGUUCCAUUCACCAAGGAGGGUUUUCAAAAAGGAAGAAAUCAGUGGCUUCCUGGAAAGUGCAAAACGAUAAAUGGCAAAUAGAUGUAUUCUUAACAGGCAGUGGUAUGUCCCUGCGACUUAAAGGGCCCAAACAUGCAGAAACCACAUGUUGAUGCUUCCAUUGAACCAAUCAGCUCCCCAGCUUUCACCUGCUCCCCCCCCCAGGUCCAGUUAAUGUAACAGCCAUGAAGUUGAUGUAUACAGAGUAAUAUUUAAACUGUGUGUAAAGCUGUGUACUUCUUAUUUGAAACAAAUCUAUCGCAUCAGCAAGUUGAUUUUUUUUUUCUUCCAUGCUUAAGUCUUGGAAACGGAGUGUGUGUGUCUGUGGGACCAGUGAAGACAUUUGUGCGUGUUUGCUGUAUAUUGUGCUGAUGUAAAUAGUGAAAGAAAUCACAGAUAAACCUUGAAAUAUACUUUAUAUGAGAGUGUUACAAUCACGAGUAACUAUUUAUUGAUCUAUUUAUGGAUUGAUUCAUUGCUUGAUUAUUUAUUUGUGCAGCCAUGGCCUCAAACAACAUAUUCAAUCUGAUUCCAGUGAUCACAUGAUCAGCGGUGACGGUAUCUGAUCACAUUGCAUCACCAAUCAAUUCAGUAACCAACGGUGGCUUUACCUUCCCUGUCGAGGUCGGUUGUUGAUCAUUGUGUCGUUGAACAUGUCCUCUCUGUAUCGCGAAGCAGAAAUGUGUUGUGUGAUGUUUAGCUGCAGCGUUGGCUCAUUAAAAACAGAAUUCUGACCUGCAUGCUGUCCGAGCAGAUCCUUCUCUGAUAGAUGAAAUAUCACACAUCUGUACAUGAAGGUUUAAAGACUGCACCUGAAGUCGCUCUGCAGACAGCUGCUUCUCUACGGCUGAAGAUGUAACGUGAACAGCAGCAGGAUUAAUGAUAGUGCAUGAGAUCCAGGCUCAGCUUGAACCAUGAAAACAGACACGGUGACAUUCACAUCUCUUCAAAUGGUUUCUUUUCAUGUCCUUCAUGUAUAUUUGACUCCUUAAUAUGAACUCUGGUGGGAAAAUGGACUAAAAAGACCUUAGACAAUUAGUUUGUUCCAGUAGAGGAUGAUUCGACUGAAAGAACACUAGACCAUAACACUAUUAUAAUUUACUUUUGAUUGAAAUUUAUUUAUUUUGCUCUGUAUUCAAAUUUAAAGUUGUGUUGUGAACUGUGACAGUAUAAAGAACAUUUGAGAAAUAAACUGACACAAUAAGCGA